AUGGGCAGCCCAGUGCACCGAGUGUCACUGGGGGAUACCUGGAGCAGGCAAGUGCACCCCGACAUAGAGAGCGAGAGGAAUGCACCGUCCUUUGACGUGGAACGGCUCACCCACAUCCUUGAUGGAGGUGCCGAGAACUCUGCACUCCGCAGGAAAGUAGAGAGGAUCAUCCACAGUGACCCAGAGUUUAGCUGUCAGGACAAUUAUUUCAUGACCCAGAAUGAGCGUUAUGAAGCUGCCAUGCGGAAGAGAUUCCACAUCCAGAUGAUAGCACAGCGCCUGGGAUGGCUGGAAGGUGGUCGUGAAUUACUCUACGCUUACAGAGCCGUUUCUGGAGACCUGGCAUUAAGUUUACACUACAUCUUCAUGAACGCUCUCAAAAGCCUGGGCUCAGAGGAGCAGAUUGCCAAAUGGGAACCACUCUGCAAAGAGUUCCAGAUCAUCACAACAUAUGCCCAAACAGAACUGGGACAUGGGACAUACCUUCAGGGCCUGGAGACUGAAGCCACCUAUGAUGCAGCCACCCAGGAGUUUGUGAUUCACAGCCCCACAGUGACUGCCACCAAAUGGUGGCCUGGGGACCUGGGACGGUCCACCACUCACGCCCUAGUCCAGGCCCAACUAAUCUGCUCAGGGGCGCGGCGGGGCAUGCACGCCUUUAUCGUGCCCAUCCGGAGCCUCCAGGACCACACCCCACUGCCAGGAAUCACUGUUGGGGACAUUGGGCCCAAGAUGGACUUUGAACACAUAGACAAUGGCUUCCUGAGACUAGACCACGUGCGGGUCCCCAGGGAGAACAUGCUGAGUCGCUUUGCACAGGUCUUGCCAGAUGGCACCUACAUCAAGCUGGGGAUGGCACAGAGCAACUAUCUGGCCAUGGUGGUAUCGCGGGUGCACGUGGUCCAGGGCGAGGUCCUGCAACUGCUGCAGAAGGCUUGCGUGAUCGCCGUGCGCUACUCGGUCAUCCGCCGCCAAUCCCGGCUCCGGCCCAGUGACCAAGAGGCAAAAGUCCUGGACUACCAGACGCAGCAGCAGAAACUCUUUCCUCCACUGGCCAUGAGUUAUGCCUUCCAUUUCCUGGCAUUGAGCCUCUUGGAAUUCUUCCAGCACUCCUACGAUGCCAUUCUGGACAGAGACUUCAGCCUCCUGCCUGAGCUCCACGCACUGAGCUCAGGUAUGAAGGCCCUGGUGACGGACUUCUGCACCCAGGGAGCCGAGCUGUGCCGCAGGGCCUGUGGAGGACAUGGCUACUCAAAGCUGAGUGGCCUGCCAUCACUGGUCACCAAAGUGACAGGCUCCUGCACCUAUGAGGGCGAGAACACAGUGCUGUACUUACAGGUGGCCAGGUUUCUGGUGAAGAGCUACCUGCAGACUCAGGUGUCCCCAGGCUCCACAUUGCAGAAGUCUCUCCCUCAGUCUGUCGCAUAUCUCGCCAAGCCUGAUCUGGCCAGGUGCCCAGCCCAGAGGGCAGCCGACUUCCUCUGCCCAGAGCUCUACACUACAGCCUGGGCACACGUGGCAGCCAGGCUCAUAAAGGACUCAGUGCAUCAUUUGCAGACCUUGAUGCAAUCCGGGGCUGACCAGCAUGAGGCCUGGAACCAGACCACUGUCAUACACCUCCAGGCUGCAAAGGCACACUGCUACUAUGUCACUGUGAAGAGUUUUAGGGAAGCUCUGGAGAAACUAGACAAUGAACCAGCAAUUCAGCAGGUGCUCAAACGCCUGGGUGACCUCUACGCCUUACAUGGUAUCUUGACUAACUCAGGCGACUUUCUCCAUGAUGGCUUCCUGACUGGGGCCCAAGUAGACAUGGCAAGAACAGUCUACCUGGACCUGCUCCUCUUGAUCCGGAAGGAUGCCAUCUUGUUAACUGAUGCUUUUGACUUCACCGAUCAGAGUUUAAAUUCAGCACUUGGCUGUUAUGAUGGAAAUGUCUAUGAACGUCUCUUCCAGUGGGCUCAGAAGUCACCAACCAAUACUCAGGGGAACCCUGCCUAUGAGAAAUACAUAAGACCACUAUUACAAAGUUGGAGGUCCAAGCUAUGAAAUAACCAACAGUAUUCAAGAAGCAAGCAGUACCACUAUGUGAUAAUGGUACUAUGGCAUAAAUAUAAAAUUAAAAUUUUAAAUUAUA